CACAACGGGUUUCACUAACAACGGUAUAUUUUCUUGCCUUCGGACUGGCAUUUUUUCACACACACAUCCAAACCAACAUACAUACAAUAGCAACAAUAGUGACAGCAUUAAGCGAAAAAAUAAAGCUGUGAUAAAUCGAACCAUUGUAGUCAUACAGAAAAACAUUAAAAACACAUAAAAAAUGUGAAAAGGCAUUGAAUUUUGUUUAAAUAUGGUUUAAAAUUGCUUAAUCUUCAAUUUUACGACGAAUGCAAGCAGACGAAAUGCGAAGCGGAAGUUGAAAAAAAUACAUAUUAACAACGGAGAAAACUAGGAAUCGCUGGAUGCGAAAGUUGCCGAAUAGCUAACAUACACACAUACAUAUGUUGAAACGAAUAAAACGAAUUGAAAGCGCAUAAGAAACGAAUUGAUAACAAUCUUCAUUUAUGGUCGGUGGCUAAAAGGAAAACGAACAACGAACAUAUUUUCUUUACAACUUUUGAUAAAUAUACACUGAGAUUACAGCGCAAAUUAAUUAAUUAGCAGCCACUAAUAAACCAGUUGGGAGUGCGUAGAAUGAGUGCGUGUUAAAGGGAAAACGGCCAAAGCAAUAAUACACAAACACUAAGCGAAAAGCAGCUUGUGGAGCAGCUAUUAACUGUAGAAGUUUUUGGGAAAUCCGUAAAAAUUUUUGUCCACAUGAAUAUGCUACACACCUUUAGUGGUAGUGGCGGUGGCGGGGGAGGUGGCCCUUUUGGCGAUUCCAGUGACAUCGAGCUAAAGGAGCGCCUAAUCGCCACCGUCAAGAAGGAGGUUAAGCAGCUAAUGGAAGAGGCUGUCACCAAAAAGUAUAUACACGAAGAAAGCAGUUCGGUGACAUCACUAUGCGCUGCGGUGGAGGCAUGUCUUAGCCACGGUUUGCGACGACGUGCUUUGGGUCUCUUCAAAACUUCCUCGACGACAGCGUUGAUACAGAAGAUAGCCAGAACUUGCCCAGAAGCUGAUUAUAUAAAUCGCUGUUUGCUGGAAAUCGAAAUGGUCAAUGAGACGCAUACGGUCUCCGGCAAGCGGUCUUCUUCCAGCAGUGAUAGUAUUAUCAAGCCGAAGUUGCUCAGCAAGGGCAGCAGCAAUUCGGUGACGACAAUCAAUACGAUGUCGUCGACAACUAGUGGCUGUGCCACGACGGUGGUGAAAUACUUGUGGAUACGCUUGGCACUGUAUGAGCGUCGUCUUUCCAAAAUAAUUGAGUAUUUGGUGAACAAUGCCAAUAAUUUCUACGAUCGUGAUGCGCUGGUCGCCGAUCCAGAUUAUGGCUCUAUACUUAGUUCGCUUUUGGUCGGACCCUGCGCGUUGGAGUUUACGCGCGCCAAGACGCCAGACCACUAUUGGUCGGAUCCACAUGCGGAUGAACUUGUACAACGCCACCGCAUUAGUUCUGGCAAUCGCACGCCUCCCAUAGUGCAUCGUCCCAUCAUCAAUUUCAAGCGAAGUUUGCACACGAGUUCGGAGGACACUAGCAGCGGCUCGUAUAAGGCGAGUUCGCCUGCCAGCGUCGCCAAGGAUUAUGUGGAGUCAUUGCAUCAGAAUUCCAAGACUACACUUUUGUAUGGCAAAAAUAAUGUGCUGGUGUUACCGAAGGACGUAAAUGAACCUAUGCCAGGCUACUUAAGUCUCCACCAAACGGUGCAGUUCCUCACCAUCAAAUGGACACCGAAUCAACUGAUGAACGGCUACAAUGAAGCCGAGGGCACCGACAAAAGUUUCUACUGGGCCUAUGCGCUUAAUAUAAAUGUCGAUGAGAUUGUCUAUGUGCAUUGCCAUCAGAAUCGCGGAGAGGACACUGGCGGCACUAUAAUAUUGGUGGGCCAAGAUGGUGUACAGCAGCCACCGAUACACUUUCCCGAGGGUGGUCAUAUGCAAGCUUUUCUUAGCUGUCUUGAGACUGGCUUGCUACCGCAUGGACAAUUGGAUCCACCGCUGUGGUCUCAACGUGGCAUUGAGAAAAUGUUUCCAUGGCCAAAAAGUGUACGCCGCCGCAUAUUACCCUCUGUGAUGGAAUCCACCGAUGAAACACCAAUCGACUACGUCUUCCGUGUGGUGAGCAAAAGUCAGCAUGAAGAGUUUUUGGCGACACAUCCGAUUUUGGAAUUGGGUCGCACCAGCCCACGACGCAAGCAUUUGAGUAGCUGUUCGACCACUGGCAGUAGUGACUGUUCCAGCAAGAGUUUAUCAAUGGAACAGAGUGGUGGUGACUCUCCACAGAUUCAAGCAAGUCAAACUGCGAGUAUUGAACUGGUUUGUUCCACGAUGCGCCGUCAAAUAAUAUCUCGAGCAUUUUAUGGCUGGUUGGCUUAUUGUCGGCAUUUGUCUACGGUGCGCACACAUCUCUCUGGUUUGGUUAAUGGACGCAUCACACCGGACUUAGCGGCUGACGAACAGGGACUAACCAAAGAAAAGUGGGCGAACCUUCAAGUGGAUGGCGUUGUCACCAGCGAUGUAGAGGUCUUCCGUUUGGUGUACUUCGGCGGUGUGCAGCAUGAGAUACGCAAAGAAGUCUGGCCGUAUCUCUUAGGACAUUACAGCUUCGGUUCCACACCAGAAGAGCGCGAGAAGUACGACGAUACCUGUAAGCAUUAUUAUGAAACCACAAUGAGUGAAUGGCUGGCCGUCGAGGCGAUUGUGCGACAACGUGAGAAGGAGAAGAACGCACAGGCUGUGGCUAAGCUGACGGCUGAGAAAAAUAGACGCUCUGGCAAGCCAGUAUGCCGGCAACAUGAAAUGGAUGGGGAAGAUGUGGAGAAUGAUGUAUUCGAAGAUAAUGAUAUUUCCGAUAUGUCUGAUCCGGGUGAGGAUUUCGAUGAGGAUAUACUAAUUGAGAAGGAUGAAGACGAGAGCAUCACCGCUGCUAAAGGUGAAAAGUACAAAACCACCAGCACCACCGACUCUGGUAAUGUGGAAGAGGAUAUCGAGACAGCCGAUGCCAUGGAUGAAACGAAUGAUAGCCAGCAGCCUGAAGACGACGACACAAAUGCAGUAUUAUUGAUAGAACGAAGUGAACACAUUGUAGUGGAGCUAGAAAAUAUGGACGCAAUGGAGCCCCUAGAGCUGCAGGAAAAUUGCUUUGCUGAUACUGAUAACGAGGCGGGUCUAACACCUGAACAUGGUAGCAGUAUCUUACUGCUAAGCGUAAAGAGUUCACCAUCGACAUCUUCCUAUGAGACCGUUGGCAAUGAGUUUACCGAUAUCAACGAACUGGCCACACCCAUCAACGUUGUGGCCGAGUCGGAAACCAUGAAUUUCGGCGCUGUUAUAGAAGAUGUGGAGCCAGAAGAGGAUGCUUCGUCGCACGUGACGAAAUUUCACAGUGCCGAUGACUUGAGGCGGGCCAUGGAUGAGUUUACCAUCGGUAUCGUGGAAGAAAUGCGCGAUGCCGAGUCAAUGCCAACACAUGCGGUGAUUAUAACAGAGGCAGCAUCAAUGGAUGCGCUGCAAUGUGAUGAUGAACUCACUGAUGAACUGUCACGCAAGACAAGUCUCAUGUCACCGAUGAACGAGGACAUAACAGUGGUGGCCUCACUGGAUGCACUGCAAGAGCCCAAAUCGGCGUGCGUUUCACCAGCCAGCAGUAAUGGCGGUGUAUAUAGUAGUGAGUUAUUGGAGUCAUUUGGACUGAACUUGCACCGCAUCGAAAAGGAUGUGCAACGCUGCGAUCGCAAUUAUUGGUAUUUCGCUAACGAGAACUUGGAUAAACUCAGGAAUGUCAUAUCCACCUAUGUUUGGGAACAUCUGGAUAUUGGUUAUAUGCAAGGCAUGUGCGAUUUGGUUGCUCCGCUUCUGGUAAUUUUCGACGAUGAGUCUCUCUGCUAUAGCUGCUUCUGCAAGCUUAUGGAGCGCAUGAUUGAGAAUUUCCCCAAUGGCGGCGCCAUGGACAUGCACUUUGCGAAUAUGCGUUCGCUCAUACAAAUUUUGGACUCGGAGAUGUACGACCUAAUGGAUUCGAACGGCGACUACACACAUUUCUAUUUUUGUUAUCGCUGGUUCCUGCUGGAUUUCAAACGUGAGUUGCUCUAUGAUGAUGUCUUCGCGACCUGGGAAGUUAUUUGGGCGGCAAAACAUGUGGCCUCCAGUCAUUUCGUGCUCUUCCUCGCUUUGGCGCUACUGGAGACCUAUCGUGACAUAAUAUUGUCGAAUAGCAUGGAUUUUACGGAUGUCAUCAAGUUCUUCAAUGAAAUGGCUGAGCGGCACGAUGCUCGAUCCAUAUUGCAAUUGUCCAGGAGUCUUGUAUUGCAAUUGCAGACAAUAAUCGAAAAUAAAUAAAAACCCACAAUUGAACAUAUGCUUACGAAAUACACACACCUAAAAACAAAUGAACAAACAUAUGAGCAAACACAUAAUUAAAUAUAUAUCCAAAUAUAUAUAUUAAGAAAUCAGCAGCAAAUUUAGGCAAGUAAAAGAGAAUUGGCAUCCAUUUUAGAUAACACAAGCAGCAGCCAACGUAGUAGUGGAGCGUAACCGCUUGCACCUAGAAGAAACUGUAGAGUAGAGUCACACAUAUAGCUACAAACAAAAAUUCAAGCCAAAGCGGGUAGUGGUUAUAUUACAUGGUAGGUGAGUUAACUGAUCUGAAAAUAAAAGUUGAGUUUAUUUAUCAAAAAUAUGAUUUUUAUACUGCAUUAAAUUAAAAAAGUUUAAAAAUA